AUGCAACAUGCUCGGCACGUCCAUCAUGCCAGUAAGGCCCACCACACUCGAUCCCAUCAGCAUCACCGACGGCAUGGCCAUCGCAUGCAUCACCAUCUGCAUCACCGGCAUCAACAUAUGCAUGGCGGUCACUAUUACCAUGGCGGGGAUGGUGGCGGCGGCAUCGGCCACACUGUGUUCGCUGAAGAGGAAGAGCAUCAUAUUGGGAAGUAUGAAGAGAUCACAGGGAUUGCCAUUGCCGGUGAAGGGCUUGACAGCGUGUUGGGGAGUUUUGCGACAUAUGCUCGUCUCAAGGGCCGUUAUGAUGAUGACUGGAUCGAUCGACUGAACCACCUCUACACUACCAUCAUACUCAUCAUCUUUACAAUCGUUGUUAGUACUAAACAGUACGUUGGGGAGCCUAUACACUGCUGGUGUCCGGCCCAAUUUGAGGAGAGCCACGUUGACUACACCAAUAAUGUGUGCUGGGUUUCCAACACCCACUAUGUCCCAUUCGACGCCCAUGUACCUAGGGCUCCUGAACGACCCCUGAACGCUGAAGUAGAGUACUACCAAUGGGUACCUAUGAUUCUAUUGUUUCAGGCGCUUCUUUUCAAGGUACCUUGCAUCCUAUGGCGCAUCUUGACAGCCUCUGCCGGUGUCAACCUGGACAAGAUCGUCACGCUUGCUGCAGAAACAGCUUACGUGGCCCCCGACGACAGAGAUCGAACAAUAAAGCACAUUGUUCGCUACAUGGACAGAUGGAUAGAGAACGCACGAGAGUACCGCUCCGGUUGCUUUAUCCGGUUACGCCAACAGGUAUCCAAAUACUGCUGUAUCGUAUGGGGGAAACGGUACGGCAACUACCUCGUAACUCUGUAUAUGUUUAUCAAGCUACUGUACCUAUCAAAUGCUAUAGGGCAGCUCUUUAUACUAAACGAAUUCCUUGGCACAAAAUUUAAUGUUUAUGGGUUUGAGAUUAUGGAUCAUUUAGCCCGGCGAGAAAGCUGGUCUGAGAGUCCUAGGUUCCCAAGAAUUACCCACUGCUUCUUUAAGAUCCGUCAGAUGACAAAUGUGCAUGAUUACACUGUCCAAUGCGUUUUGCCCAUCAAUCUAUUUAACGAAAAGAUUUUCAUCUUCAUCUGGUUUUGGCUGGUCUUCGUCGCCGCCCUCAGCAGUUUCAACUUUCUCAUCUGGAUUUACACAAUGAUCUUUAGGCAGCAUCGCCUUCGCUACCUCAAGAAAUUCCUUCGAAUCAACGACUGUUAUAAGUCUGAGCUUGACAAGAAAAUGGCGGUUAAGUUCUGUGAGCAGUACCUGCGACAAGAUGGAAUCUUUGUACUUCGGCUAGUUGGUAAAAAUGCUAAUGAUGUACUUGUGUCCGAGCUUAUCCUUCAGUUAUGGAAUCAUUACAGAAACAAACCACUUUUUAGGCACGCCAACCAAAUCAGUGAUGACAACAGCAAUGUCUGA